GACGUAUAGCGCGGGGCUAGCGUCUGUAAGGCACUAGAAACACCGGCGGCCGGCGGCCACGACUGCCGCUGGAUACGAGUGGACUGCUGCAGUUGAGUUGCAAGGGUGCGCCGGUCAGACGCUCGAUCGCAUCAGUGCUCGACAGUGCACGCGUAACUCUGCAGCGAAGGCAAGUUUGGGAGACCUUUUUGCCACUGCUCUCCCACAGACAAAAAGCGCAGCCCGAUUCGCGCACCAGGUGCAAGCAUGCGGGUCCUCCUCACGCUCGCGGGCGCGGCGCUCGCCUUCGCGCCUCCACCACCCCAGCGCCCGGCCACGCACACGCGCGCCAUCCGGCCCGACGACCUCCCGAAGACGAUCAUGCCCGAGGCUGAGGCUCGGGCGAAGCGGAUGGCCGAGGUCCGAAAAAAAAUGGCCGAGCUCCGCGAGUACAAGUCCCAGGGACGGCGGUAUGAUGGGGAAAGGAUGGACGAGGCCGAUUUGGCACGAAAGGCAUCAUCAAAGAAGGUCGAGGAGGCCGGCUUCAGCGAAGCGAUGAACGAGGGCGAGGCGCUGUUCGGGGGCGGUGGUUCGAUCCUCAAAGAGCUGGAGGACGCCGCAGUCAAGACGACGUCUGGGAUUGGCGGGUCCUGGGCACCACCGACCGAACAGGAGACGCAUAAACCGACCGGUUCGGGAAGUUGGGGCGUCUUCGAGCGGCCCGCGGACAUCUCGAAGGCGUUCGGCGGCGGGAAACGCAUCGGCGUCGGUGCCCCAGAACAGAACAACGUCGUAAAUGAGACGAAGGCCCGGGAGACGGCCGAAAGGUUAAAAAGAUUUCGAGAAAAGAACCAGGCCGACGAACGCGUCAUCGAUCGAUACGAAGGCGAGAUCCGGAACGCUACGCGGCGGGCGCAGUUAUUGGUGAAGAGGGGCGACGCGUACGGCGCGGUACGGGCCCUGGAGCCGAUCGCGACGAAGUACUGCACGGCCAAGACGCAACGAGGUGCGGAUGCGUUACUGGAGCUAGCCUUGUGUCACGAGGCGAACGGCGACGCGGCGUCGGCGAAGAAAGUUUAUGCCGCGCUCGUGCUGUCGCCGAUCGCCGACGUCAAACGAAGGGCCAAACAACUCUCUUUUGGGUUUGAGGCCGCCGACAAACUCAGUGUAGGUAGCUACGCCGAUUCCGAGGCGGCGAAGAUGGCGCGCGGUGCUUUUGAAUUAGAUUUAUCCGCUACGAGACGGCGCGUGGACAACGCCUACGCGACUGGUAGUAGUGUGGCCCUGUCGUCGGCCACGAAAGCGAUCAAGUUGGAGUCAUUGCAGGCCGUCGACGAGACGCUUCGGCGAGCAGCUUUAGGAAGGAGUGCGUUCGUGUCCGAGUCGCGAUGCGCCGACGCGCUCAAGGCGCUGGCCGAGGGGCGGUUCACAGGGGACGAUUUUGAGGGGACAGAGCCGCUGGCGUCGCGGUUGCAGGGGACGUGGAACGUCGUGAUGGAGUCGGAGGAGUACACGAAGAAAUACAGUCCGCCGUCCAUAACGGUCGACGUCGACCGGGGCAUUGUUGAGAGGACCCUGAUGUUUCCCCUGGUGGGCACGGUGACCUGGACCGGCGACUUGGAUCGGACGCUCGCGUCCGAGGCGCUGAAGGCGACACGAUCAGGUGUGGCACCGAGCUUCGCGGCCGCGUUCGUCGAGGACGCCUUCGACGCCGAAUUAUUGCGGCUCGUCGACGACGUUUGUGUGGUGCGGACCGGUUCUGGGGGUUUGUUGCUCCUGUUUAAGAAGAAGUGAUAGGA